AUGCAAUUUUUAAAUAUUCAACUCUUUCUACAAAAAGAAUAAAUUUUUAAUAGAAAAAUUAUUUAUAUCAAAUAAUUUAUAAAAUUCCUUAUUAAUAUAUAAUUUUAUGGAAAUUAUUCAUAAUUAAAAAAUGAAAAACUAAUCAUUAGUAAUAUCUAACUUUCAGUUCUAAAGAAAACUUAAUCUAAUGAUCUACAUCAAACUGUUGAAAAGAAAUUAGAAUUUAUUAAAAGCAUAAUAAAUUAUUUAUAAAAAUACUAUUGUUCCUAUCAAAAAAUUUGUUAUUAUUCAUUUGUCAUAUUAUCUCUAUUAAAUACAUUAAUUGAAUUUUAUAAAUAAACAAAAAAAUUAAACCCAUAAUUUUUUAAUCAAUUUUUAUAAGUUUUUUAAAAUAAAUCUAUUAUAAUUAGUACCUGCUUAGGUUGUUUAAAACAAGCCGAGCAAGGUAUAUUUUAAGUUAGGCAUAACUUAAAAUCUGAAAUUCUCUAACUUAAGGAUAGUCUUGUCCAAAUUGAGUUGAGAAAUGCUACAUUGAUUCGUUAUAAUAAUGAAAAUUAUUAUCGUUAUAAUAAUGAAAAUUAUUAUUAUUGAAAAGUUUAUAAAUAUCUAUCUUGUAAAAGGAGAUAUUUUAAUAGUGAGUUCUUUGUAACCCUGGUUACAAGUAAAACAUCGGAGCAAUCCAGAUUUAAAAACUAGCAUACGACACAUCAAUACAUCAAUUUAAAAAAAAAAAAAACACA